CUAUUUUUAUCCGGAAAAACACAUUCAUUCAGUCGCAUAAGAAACUCGAAGACACACAGGGCCUAUCGCUUACAUAGAAUUUUAUAAAACAAACCAAACAAAAGGAACAAGAAAAGUGGGCGCAACGUGGAAAAUGGGUGAAAAUCUUAACAAAAAAUGCAGUGUGGAGCAAAAAGAAGAAAUUGGAAGAUAUGUAAAGGCCAAUGCCAAAAUCAGCACCGGGGAAUGCAUUCUGUUGGAACAGCCCUCCUUGAUCUUGGCCUCUGAUAAUGAGAAACGCUGUAAUAAUUGUUUCAAUUUGGCCCAGUCCUAUUGCAACAUAUGCAAAAUCACCAAUUUAUGUCGCAAUUGCCGCAGCCACAAUCAAUACGAUUGUGAAAAGUUGGCUUCUAUGAAAAAUUUGGAUUGUGAUCUGCUAAAGAAAUUCGGUGAAUGUUAUGGCAUUGUCAAGUGUCUAUUACUGCAAGAAAAUCCCGAGACGAGACCCUACUUCGAGCGUAUGCUAGUGGCAGAGUGUUAUCUGGAACAGCGCCGUGGCACUGAUAUUUGGAAACACUACAAUGUCAAUGUGGUCAAACCUUUAAUGAAGUGUGGCAUAUUGAAAUAUUUAUCGCAUGGUUCCCAAGUGAAUGAUGAUUUAAUACAGCGUCUGUGUGCUUUAAUUGAUGUGAAUGGUUUUGAAAUUCGUGCACCCGAUGGUGGUUCCAUGAAAGGUGUUUACAUACAAGCAACUCUACUGAGUCAUGAUUGUACUCCCAAUACUGAGAUUGCAAUUGAUGAUAAGUAUUGCAUGAAAAUCUAUGCCAAUCGGGAGAUACAAGCUGACGAGGCAGUAACCAAUUGUUAUACGAAUGUGUUGUUGGGCACCGACGAACGUCGCAAAAUUUUAAAAUCUACCAAAUAUUUCCACUGCAACUGCAAACGUUGUGAAGAUCCCACCGAAUUUGAAUCCUAUUUAUCCUCACUUUUAUGUACGGCGUGCGAAAAGGGCACUGUGGUAAAGAAUUACCAAGAGAAUAAAUGGCAAUGUCAAAGUUGUCAACACCUUGAAGAUACCCAGCACAUUGAAAAGAUUGUAGGUGAAUUUCAAGAGGAAAUUCUUCAAGCCCCCAAUGAUAUCUAUCAAUUGGAAAUGUCUUUGCAAAAACUUUCAAAGACCUUACAUCCCAAUCAUUAUUUGAUAGUGGAUAUCAAACAAAAUAUAGCCUCAAUUUUGCGUAUGAUCAUCAAUAAUCCUUCCCAUUGUCCGGGUCGCAAUGUGUACGAAAGAAAGAUUGAAUUGUGCGAGGAUAUUCUCAAAGUUCUAAAUCUCAUAUUACCCGGAACCAUAUCACGGAUGAAGGCCAUAACUUUGUAUGAAUUGGUUAGCACUCAGGCGGAAUAUCAUCGUAUGCGUUACAAGGAGAAUGAGUUGAAUAAAACUCAUUUGAAGCAAUUGCUUAUUGAAACCGAGCAAAUGUUACGUGAAGCUGUACGCAUGCUUUUGUAUGAACCCAAAGAUACGCCUGAGGGAAAUCUCUUGCAAACCAUGCUACAGGAGCUGAAGUACCUGCAGACAGAUAUCAAGAUGUUGGAUUGAGAACGUGGUAAUGUUUAUAGCAAAUUUGGAGUUUUAUACAUUGUAAAAUGAGAAAUUUGAAAUAAAAAUUUCAGUUUUAGAAAAAAUGGA